AUGAGUUCAUCAAAAGAAGAGUAUGAGGAUCAGAAAAGUCAGACAGACCAAGAUGAGCAAGAGAGUCAAGAAAUUGAUAUGAGGGUGAUGUCCAUGCGGCUACAACUAAGGAUGUGGAGGUUGCAGUCAAAGCUAGCAUUUUUAAGGAAUAAAGGAAAAGAUUGCGCCAAAGCACCAGGAGCUCUUGGUGCAAAGUAUUUGCGUGUUAUUGCUGCUAAGGUAACAGAGAGGAAGAUGCAUCUGACCAAGCUCGAGGCGAUUGAUUGUGGAUUAGAUGCUAAACAGAAAGCACCAGUCUCGCUUUUCAUGGAGAGUUUUAAGAUUUAUGUUCUGAAGCAAGCUAUUGGUGUUGUGGGACUGAUUACACCAUGGAAUUACCUGCUUUUGAUGUCUGUUUGGAAGGUGGCUCCUUCACUUACUGCAGGCACUUGUUUGAGGCUUGCUGAUAUUUGUCGAGAAGUUGGUCUUCCUCCUGGUGUCCUCAACGUUCUGACUAGAUUAGGUUUAGAAGCUGGGGCUCCUUUGGCAUCACAUCCCAAUGUGGAUAAGGCAGAUUGCGUUUACUGGAAACUUUGCCACAGGAAGCAAGGUCAUGACAACUACUGCUCAGUUGGUGAGGGUAAUUAA